AUGUCGGGGACGAAGCCCCAUGCUGUAAGUCAGGGACACCGUGCCUCCGCUGCUGCUCCAGAGUGCACAGAGAUCUGGAAGAAUGUCCCCAAGUUUACUGGAGGAAAAACACCAGAGAACAUAAAGACGCGUGCUCUGGCAGAACAUGCGUCUCCGCGAUUUACUGAUCUGCAAAGCCCCAAACGAAGAGGUGCAUUUCUUGGUGUGAGUAAUGGGGAUUCGCCAGGAGACGUGGAGCCCUCUCAGGACAUAAUCUGGGAUUCAACUUCACCAACUCAGGGGACCGCAGGCCGCCGGUACACUAAAGUGGAAAUAUCUGACCUUGUCAACCGCAUUGCUCCAAAGGAUGUCAAACCUCAAAAGUCACCUCUGCUUCAGUGGAUUGGGGACAGUGCAGUGCCAUGCACACCAGAAAUUCCAAAGCAAAGAACCAAGAAGAGGUCGUCGAGACAAAACAGUGUGGACGAUUUAAUGAAAUUGGCCAAACAGUUUGAUGAAAACAUGCAGCAAGACAAAGAUAAAAGUGAAAAAUUGAACAUAAUCAACAAUAACGCUAAUCCCAAAGAAAAUGUGAUUAGUGAUCUGGUGGAGGCAGAGUUGCAGGCCCUAUUCGACAGUUCCACUCAGAAAAUCAGCGGCCCGCUCAGCCAGGCCUCCACAUCCAGCACUAACUACCAGGGAUGGAACAACCUCAUGCAUGGGUCCAGCAUCACACCGCAGGUUUCACAGAGUCUCCCUGGAAAGUCUAUGGGCUCGUUCAGCCGAUUUAAUCAUAACAACAACAACAAUACCAACAAAUCACUGCAGAAGUCCAGUCACACUGCGUUCAAGAGGAAUGUGUCAGACUCCGCUGUGAUAUGUAACAAGGUGUUUGUUACAAGUGAGGUUACAGGAAAGUGUUCUGCUGCUCAAAUUGAGAAGAAAAAACAAGAGGCCUUAGCACGGAGACGCCAGCGGCUGCAGAACUUCUGA